AUGAACUAUCCAAGUGGGGCAAAAAAACGUAAAAUAGCUAAAGAAGAAGCUGUAAGGCAGGCGGAAGAUAUAGAAAAUGGGCCAAAAAUAGACACGUUUUUUAAAAAACCACAUAUUGAUAGUGGGCAGUCACAGAACUCUAAUUUAAUUCAUUUGUCACAUGAUGCUUUACCAGGAACUUCAAGAACAAAUUUGGAAGAAAAUUAUUCAGAUGAGAAUAUUAUUAUACUACAAGCAGAUUUGCUCCAGGAGCACUAUCCAAACGAUUUAGACCAAAGUUUAGGAGCCGAAUGUAUUCGCUUUAAAUAUUUCAUUGCAGAAAUUAAUUCGGGAAUUAGCAAUCCAAGGGAAAUGUUAAAGUUUAUAACACAAAAAAAACUAACUUGUAGUUUUCCAAACGUAGAUAUUGCAUUAAGUAUAUUUUUUUCUAUGGCAGUAACUAACUGUAGUGGGCAGAGAUCAUUUUCUAUCUUAGAAAGGGUAAAAAGUUAUAAAAGAAAUUCAUUAGGUGAUGAAAAAACUAAUCAACUUUCUUUAUUGGCUAUAGAACACGAUAUUUUCAAUAAAAUUCCUGCCGAAAAUAUUAUUGAGAGUUUUGCAACCCUAAAAUCACGGAAACGAGCAAUUAUUUGA